ACAUACUUUCCAAGCAGCAUCCCUGUCCUACAACUUUAGUAUCCUUUUAAACCUCCCAACUCAUCACUACUCCAUAGCUUUUGAAUCUCUAAUUCUAAGGGUUCAUAAGCUCAUCAAAAGCACUACAAAAAUUUAAAUCAAGUUAUCAAAUAUGGGUCUAAACAAGCCUCAUGUGCUAAUUUUGCUUAUCAUCAUGGUUAUUUUAGUUUCUGAUAAACCAUCACUUACGGAAGGAAGGACGCUUUCCUUAAUUUCUAAUCAAGGGUACUCAAAUAUUCUUGCAACACUUGGAGUUGUUUGCAAGUGUUGUGAUGGAAUUGGAGGAACAUGCACAAGUACAUGGAAAAAAUCUUGCAAUAACUUGAAGUGUUCUCCUUGGAAAUCACACUAGUUAUUUGUGUUUUUUUAAAAGUAUUUCAUUUUCUGUACCUAUAUAUUAAUUAAUUAAGUUUAGAAAAUUCAUAUUAUAAAAAUAUGAGGUUGUUCUCUGCUAAUGUGAACAGCUUGAAUUUGUAACAAACUUUAUGUGUCCCUAGUUGUUGGUUUGAAACAAGUCAAUGGAUAUAAUAAUUAAACGAAUAUGUGAUCACUACA